AUGGCGGCCGCCGGCGGCUACACGGACCUGCGUGAGAAGCUGAAGUCCAUGACGGCCCGGGACAGCUACAAGGCGGGCAGUCGGGAGGCGGCAGCCGCUGCCGCCGCCGCCGUAGCUGCUGCCGCUGCCGCCGCCGCCGCUGCCGAACCCUACCCGGGGCCCGGGGCCAAGCGCAAGUUCCAGGAAGACUCGGACCCGGAGCGUAGCGACUAUGAGGAGCAGCAGCUGCAGCGGGAGGAGGAGGCGCGGAAGGUGAAGAGCGGCAUCCGUCAGAUGCGCCUCUUCAGUCAGGACGAAUGCGCCAAGAUUGAGGCCCGCAUCGACGAGGUGGUGUCCCGCGCCGAGAAGGGUUUGUACAACGAGCACACGGUGGACCGGGCCCCGCUGCGCAACAAGUACUUCUUUGGCGAGGGUUACACGUACGGCGCCCAGCUGCAGAAGCGCGGGCCCGGCCAGGAGCGCCUCUACCCUCCAGGAGACGUGGACGAGAUCCCCGAGUGGGUCCACCAGCUGGUGAUCCAGAAGCUGGUAGAGCACCGCGUCAUUCCCGAAGGCUUCGUCAACAGCGCCGUCAUCAACGACUACCAGCCUGGUGGUUGCAUCGUGUCGCACGUGGACCCCAUUCAUAUCUUCGAGCGCCCCAUUGUGUCCGUAUCCUUCUUUAGCGACUCGGCGCUCUGCUUCGGCUGCAAGUUCCAGUUCAAGCCUAUCCGGGUGUCCGAACCUGUGCUUUCCCUGCCUGUGCGCAGGGGGAGCGUGACUGUGCUCAGUGGAUAUGCUGCUGAUGAAAUCACUCACUGCAUACGGCCUCAGGACAUCAAGGAGCGCCGAGCAGUCAUCAUCCUCAGGAAGACGAGAUUAGAUGCUCCCCGAUUGGAAACAAAGUCCCUGAGCAGCUCUGUGUUGCCAGCCAGCUAUGCUUCAGAUCGGCUGUCAGGAAACAACAGGGACCCUGCCAUAAAACCCAAGCGGUCGCACCGAAAGGCAGACCCUGAUGCCGCCCACAGACCCCGGAUCCUGGAGAUGGACAAGGAAGAGAAUCGGCGCUCUGUACUGCUUCCCACACACCGGCGGAGGGGGAGCUUCAGCUCAGAGAACUACUGGCGCAAGUCCUACGAGCCUGCAGAGGACUGCUCAGAGGUAGCUGGCAGCCCUGCUCGGAAGGUGAAGAUGAGGAGGCACUGAGGCCUGCUGCCACAUCCCUCUGGGGAACUCUGGUUCAUCCUUAUGUAGCUGCCCCUCCUUUUGUUUUGUUUUGUUUUGUUUUUCUAUCCUUUUUUUUUCCCUUCCCCUUGGUUUGUUGUCUAUUAAGGCUGAAGAACAGAAUUGGCCAGGACCUAGGUCCUCAUGUUUUUGGUUUUUCUACUGGAUGAAAAUGCUAUUGAUAUUUGUUGGGCACAGAAGCUGACACUGGAACGGCCAGUAGAGACCUUGGGGGCAGCCAUCCUCAAGUGGGGCUGUGUCAGACUGCAUAUAUUUAAAAGCAACAGAACAUUUUAAUUAAGGAAAUUCUUGGUUUGCUUUAAAAUUUCAAUCUUUUCAGUAUUUUAAACAAAGUUUGAUCUUCCUCCCCCACCCCUUCCUCCCUGACAUCUGUACUUGGUUGAGGUCUCUGGGAGUCU